UUGCACGCCCCCUAGCGAGGAAGUUCGCAAGCAGUUUGAGAGGGUGUUUUCUGCGAGAAGUCCCUUCCCAAGAUGCAUCCACAAUCGCGAGCCCAUCGUAAACCACCGGACGUCGAGGAAGCGUUGUCCUCGAUGCUUUGGACACCGUACGACAAUGGCAUCUCGGAAUCGGACUCCUCCGAUGAAGCCGAGGCGCUGCACCGAGUCAACAACAACUUCUUCGGAACGGGGUCAAACCACGGUCACCGACGUCAGCAGCAGCAGCAGCAGCAGUCCUUGAUGCGGCGCAGCCUGUCCGCGUGGAGUUACCGCGUGGGCAAUCGCUCGGGAAAACCGGGUGACCCAACCGAAGCUGAUGGUGCCGGGAAUCGGUUCAGUUAUCCGUACUACGAUCUGCCCGAGUUGGGCAUUGGUGCAUUGGGUGGUGGUUUCGCCGGUGGUGGUUGGUAUGGGUACAGCAGCACUAGCAGCACCAGCAGCAACAUCAACAACAACCACUGCGGUGGUAACACCAUUAACGGCAGUUCCUAUGGCUGUGGUGUGGUGCCGGUGACCGGUAGCAGAAGUUCCUACAGCUUCCCGGUGGAGACGCACCGGUUGGACGAGCGGGCACCCUGGCAGACGUUGACCGCAGCCGAGGAUCGAACCGUCGAGAAGCGACCGUACCUGCACCAGCUUCAGACACCGUUUGUGGGCCGUUGGCACUCCGGUGUCAGUGCGUCUCAGUUGGAGACAUCCUCGUUACCGUUUAGUCUUCUAGCUCUCGAUGGUCCGGCGAGUGUGGCAGUGGGUCCGCUCGGUGGUGAUGGGGUUGCUGACAGCUGCCGGGACGAUUAUCAGCUGGCGAUCAGUGAACGCGUGACGUUCGACGGUUCGAGUGAGGGAAUGCCGCACGCCGGUUCGGUGAUGCGGUUGAACGUUCCGGCGGCCGGGCUGGCCGACGGGGCCAGCCGGACAAGUGUGUACAUUCCGGCGGAGGGUGGUGGUGCUGGUGGUGGAGCAGGUCCACCACGACCAGCCCUGUCCAUUCAGGUCAAUCGGCUGGAUCCAGACAAUCAGCAGCAGAACGACGUCGUCAGCAACGCGCUGUCCGGUGUGAGCAUUGUGAGCUGCUACCGGGCCGGUGAGAGUGGUGCAGGGGUGAUGGCGGCCAGUGGUGUGGCGGGGGCACGGCCACAGUGUAGUGUCGAGGCGUGUGUGAGUCGCGAGCAAGCGCCGGAAGUGGAUCCUGUCGAGCCGGCAGGUGAGAGUGAAGGUGUAAAUACGAGCACGGGAGUUGGUUCCGGUGGUGUGCCGGAACCAGUGGUUCAAGUUUCUAGUGGUGCCGCCGGGGAAGAGGGGCUCGGGGCUCGUGGUGGGGAGGAGUUGAGCCCCGGAAGUGCAAGUGGGGGUGGUUCCCCGCGUACAUACACCUCGACGGAGGCGCAAACGGAUGACACCGCGACCAUGUUGCCAUCAUCGGUUCAACCUGCGGUGCUGUUGGGCCAUCGCAAUGGGCCAGGGUUUGUGCCUGGGCCAGCGUACCUGGGUGGUGGCGCUCCGUCGGAACCGAUUGUGGCCACACUGUUGGGUGCGGGGUCCGAGUUUAGCACACGGGAACAUCGGCGACGUGAAAGGCGCGAACGGAGACAAGCGCGCCAUCGUUUGCAGCACAUUCAUCCGCUUGAACCACCGGUUCCGGCUGGACCUAAUUUGUUGCAUCGAUCGCCUCCACCCAUCGAGAUCAUACCCGACAUCCUGCACAGCCAUCUACCGCCGCCCUACACCACCCUACCGAUGGGGGCGACCCUCAUGCCGCAGCUGAUCCCCGCGAAUGCCGCGGCAGCCGCCGUCUCGGCUUUGCCCGUUCGAGCCGCCGAGGAUUGCCGCUACACGUUCCCGAUACCGAUCAUGCGAAGCUCGCCAUCGGAACGCUCGCGCAAAGGAUGCUGCGGGCAUUGGUUCGCGGGACCACCGCUGAGGGCGCUCAUUGCCGUCGUGGCCCUUGGCGGGGUGGCUUGUGCCUUGGGUGGUGCCGCCCUUGGAGCCACGGGUUUGGCCGGUUCACCGACGUCCCAUCUUACUGCUGCCUUAUUAAUGAUAGGUGUUGGAGUGAUUCUAGUGACAGUCAGUGGUGCAGCGUGGCGUAUGACUGCACCGGGUGCACCGCCCUGCCUAGGGCUCGGUUCCACGGUCGAUUUGGGACGCUGCUCGCGGAGGCCUUGCGGACGGGGUGGAAGCACCCCGCACGGGCUUCUCUACCCCGAGUUCCAGCACAGGCCACCACCACCAUCGUACCAGGCUAGCAUGCAGGAAUACAGAUUAAGAUUGCUGCUUCUGGACCGGGACCGACAGUCAGGAAGGAUGCGAAGUACGGCCUCUCCGCCACCGACCUAUCGCUCCAACGUGGGAAGCCUGCUGAGAAUACCACUCAGCUCGCGGUACAACAACGGCAGCAGCAACAGCAUAUUCGGUGGCAUCAGUGGCAUCAUCAGCGGUGCCGUCGGGGGUGGUUCAAGCAGCAGCGUCAACAACGUGCCACCGGGUGGCGAUCCAGCGGUCAGCAGCUCACCCAAUCCAACGUACGGUUCCGAGGGCCAUAGUACGCUUCCACCCAGCUACCGGUCGGUGCACCUUCAACCGGCACUGCCACCACAGCCGGUGGCCGAAGCACCCCAGCGGCCAUCUCAACCACGCACGGUGGAGGACGCGGACCUAAUAAGCGAAGAUAAUACCCACUCGACCGGGGCGAACCAUCACGCACCAUCCAUAAUUAAAAUCGACGAUCGGCGCAACGUCUCCACGGCCUCGGUGGCGGUCGAGCAGUCGCGCCAGCGAAAUUCAAUUCCCAACGUGUCUCUAAUUGAUACCGGCAGCGAGGAACCCUCGACGUCCAGCGAACCGAGCGCCAGCAACGUUAACAGCAACGUCAGCAACAACAGUAGGCCUUGCACGGCUGGAAUCGUUCCCAUCGCGACGAGCCACUCGCCAGCAGCCAGCAGCGGGUCCAAGGAUCUGGUUACGAUUGUUACCAUAUCCGGUGCGAUCGAAUCGUCCGCGGCGGGAUCCGGCAGGACCGUAUACACAACCAGCAACGGGAACACGCAGCCCGGUGGGGCCACAUGUACAUUAUUAAACUCCAACUCGACGCCUCUGCUGGCCACGGUUAUACCGGUCAGUAAAUCCGCCACCGCAGCCACGACGACGCCAUCCGUCACCACCGGGCCACUCUAG